AUGUGGGUGCUGCGGACUCCUCCAGAACAGUCAAAGAGGCAGAAGCUCUCGAAGAAGUACAACAUACAAAAGAAGGUUCGGGAGCACCGGAGGAAAAUGCGGAAGGAGGCGAAGGCAAAAGGGGGCCCCGUUAGACGAAAGAUGCGGCGAGACCCUGGCAUUCCGAAUUCCUGUCCAUUUAAGGCAGAUAUUAUAUCUAAUCUUCUGCGGCGCAAGCAAGAGAGGGAAGAGCAACUGCUGCGCGAACGAGAGGAAAAACUGCAGCAACGGCGGCAACAGCAGCAGCAAGAAGAGCAAAUAGCAGCUACAGCUGCACCACUGCAAGCUAAUGGAUCCCCGGAUGCCAAGGCAAUGCAAGAUAUUGCCGAUAAGGCAGAGGCAGCGAUGCUGGCCUUCGAAGCAUCAGCAGCUACAGGCCCCUCUGAUAGUGAUCUUGCGCUUCAGUCUAUUGCGUCGUCCUUAUCGCUGAGCAGUAGUAGCAAGCAGCAGCACGUUGCGGCUCUGCAGCGGCAGCAGCAGCAGCAGCUGCGGCAACUUCUGGCCGCGUCAGACAUCAUCAUUCACGUCCUCGACGCGCGACUGCCCCUGGCAUUUCGAUGUGCCGGCCUGGAGCGAUGGGCUAUUCGGGAAGGCAAGAAGGUUAUCCUGUUGCUGAACAAGGUGGAUUUGCUACCCGCUGCGGCUCUUGCAGCGUGGUUACACCAGCUGCGGCGGAGCUCCGUCUGUCCCGUGUUGGCCUUCAAGUGUAACAGCAGCAGCAGCAGCACCGGCGGCAAGAGAACGGGCAGAUGGUGUGCAGCGGACCCUCUUCGCGCCUCGGAUAAACUCAAAAGGAGCAGUUCACACGCACUGGGUGUGCAACCCUUGCUGAGGCUUCUGUCUUCUAUAGCUCAUGCAGCGGCAAAGCCCUCCCGCUCUGGCGACGCAGAAGCAGCACCAACGGCAGCAGCAACGAGAACAACAGAAACAAUGGCUGUUGAAGGGACAAAUGCCAGCACGACAACAACAAGCCACCCUUCUAGUCGGAGCACCAGCGGAAGCAGUACCAGCAAGGCAUUUAUGACAGUUGGCGUUGUAGGGUACCCGAAUGUGGGAAAGAGCUCCGUAGUGAACGCCCUGACGCGCAGUGCAUCUUCGGCUGGAGUGGCUGCGCUGCCGGGAAGCACUCGCCAGCUAAAAUACAUAAAGCUUGACUCUCAUACACAACUCAUUGACUCUCCUGGAGUUCUCUUUGCGCCACCAGCAAGAGAGGAGGACACUGCGAGAAUCCUGCCACACCCGCAUUCCUUGAUUGGCACGCAACAGCAGCAGGAUCAACAGCAAGGGAAGCAACAGGAGAAACCUUUGGUUGCAUCUGCGUCGGUAUUGCUGCAGUCUUUGCUUCCGGUUCCGCAGAUUCCGGAGCCGGAGGCCGUUGCUGAGGCCCUGAUAGCGAUUUCAAGUGUCAGUGCCCUACAGCGGCUGUACCAGCUCCCUUCUUUCUCCACCCCGCGGGAAGCGCUUCAGGCGCUCGCAAAACGGAGAGGCAAGCUACUCAAGGGCGGGGCGCCGGAUAUGCAGGCCGCUGCGAAGAUGUUUCUGCAGGAGUGGCAGGAAGGCCGUGUACCUUACUAUUCGUUACCUUCGGGAUUUAAGGACGAAGCCGUUCGCCUCCUAAGUGCCAGUGGAGUGGUAAACGAGGCCACCGUUGCACUACAGCAGGAACUUGUGGAUAGGCAGCUGGUCUCGCUGGGGCUCUCUGCAGCAGAGGCAGCAGCCGCAGCCGAAAGCCCGCAAGAGGAUGGCGCACCUCAGGUUGGCAGCGCUUCUGCUUCAGUUCAAGGAGCGAUGCGACUGAUGUUCAGGGAUAUCGCGGUCACUAAGAAACGGCGAGAACAAGAUCGAGCCCAUGAAGAGGGCUCUGAGCGGAUGGAGCACGUGGUUCUUCGACAGAAGCAGCGCAAGGUAAGGCGUUUCUUGAAGGUCUUCGUUGCCGGUACCCUCCCACGGGUGUUCGUUUCGCAGCGCUUGGCGUUACAGCUAGAAAAGAAAAGACGGCGCGGCGACUCAUCAUCCGUGUCCAUGGAGCUAGAAAAGAAAAGACGGCGCGGCGACUCAUCAUCCGUGUCAAUGGAGGAAGAUACGGUGGCUGAGGAACAAGGCCAAAUGUCAGAAGGGCUCUAG